GCUGACCUGUCGGUACCGCCCAGAUCUCCCAUAAGCCCCCGCGAGCGGCGGCUCCUCCUUCUCUCUCGGCGGGCCGUGCCGUGCCGGCGCCAUAGCGUAGCAGCCGCCAUGCCUGCCCUCCGGCCUCUCGUGAAGCCUAAGAUCGUUAAGAAGAGGACCAAGAAGUUCAUCCGCCAUCAGUCUGAUCGCUAUGUCAAGAUCAAGCGCAACUGGCGGAAACCGAGAGGUAUCGAUAACAGAGUUCGCAGGAGGUUCAAGGGCCAGAUCCUGAUGCCCAACAUCGGUUAUGGGAGCAACAAGAAGACGAAGCAUAUGCUGCCCACGGGAUUCAGGAAGUUUCUGGUCCACAAUGUCAAAGAGCUGGAGGUGCUCAUGAUGAGCAACAAGUCGUACUGUGCAGAGAUUGCUCACAACGUGUCUUCCAAGAACCGGAAGGUCAUUGUGGAGAGAGCGGCUCAGCUCGCCAUCAAGAUCACCAACCCGAAUGCCAGACUGCGCAGCGAGGAAAACGAAUAAGCUGGCCUCCACGUGUGGGAUGUAUUUAAUAAAGUGUAAAAACAAACUGA